AUGUGCCUCAGUGCUCUGUUCCUGGUGUCUCUAGCAACCUGUGUGGUUUGCGGAAAUCUCUCUUCACCACCUGUGGUAGACACUGCUCAUGGUAAAGUCCUGGGGAAACACAUGAACGUAGAAGGAUUUGCACAGCCUGUGGCCGUCUUCCUGGGCAUCCCCUUUGCCAAGCCCCCUCUUGGAUCCCUGAGGUUUGCUCCACCACAGCCUGCAGAGCCCUGGAGCUUCGUGAAGAAUGCCACCACCUACCCUCCUAUGUGCUCCCAAGAUGCAGCUAAAGGACAGGUGAUCAAUGACCUCAUGACCAAUAGAAAAGAGAAAAUCCAUCUUGAAUUUUCUGAAGAUUGCCUGUACCUAAAUAUUUACACUCCUGCGGACUUUUCAAAGAACAGGAGGCUACCGGUGAUGGUGUGGAUCCAUGGAGGUGGACUGAAGCUGGGUGGGGCAUCAACCUUUGAUGGACGGGUCCUCUCUGCAUACGAAAAUGUGGUGGUGGUGGUCAUUCAGUAUCGUCUGAGCAUCUGGGGAUUCUUCAGCACAGGGGAUGAACACAGUCGGGGAAACUGGGGUCACUUGGACCAAGUGGCUGCUCUGCACUGGGUCCAGGACAACAUUGCCAACUUUGGAGGGGACCCAGGCUCUGUGACCAUUUUUGGAGAGUCAGCAGGAGGUUACAGUGUCUCGAUUCUUAUAUUGUCCCCAUUGUCCAAGAACCUCUACCACAGGGCCAUUUCUGAGAGUGGUGUGGCCUUCACNCCUGGAAUGUAUACCAAGGAUGUGAGGCCAAUCACUGAGCAAAUUGCUGUUGCUGCUGGCUGUAAGACCACCACGUCUGCCACCAUUGUUCACUGCAUGCGCCAGAAGAAGGAGGAGGAGCUCUUAGGGAUCAUGGAGAAACUGGUGGGUGUGUAUUCUAGGGCACUUCCUCUACUGGCUUACACACAAGCUUCAUUUAUUCCGCUGUUCUUUAGCCAAUCCCCUUUUCAACAGAUGAUGGGAUUUCUACCAGCUGAUGUAAAAUUAGACAAGAAGAAAGCCAUUGCACUCCUGAANCAAUUUGCUUCCAUAACUGGCAUACCAGAGGAUAUUAUUCCAGUUGCCGUUGAGAAGUACACAAAAGGNAGUGAUGACCCCGAUCAAAUCAGAGAGGGAGUUCUCGACUUAAUUGGCGAUGUGACAUUUGGCGUUCCAUCGGUGAUUGUGUCCCGUAACCNCAGAGGGCUGCCCCAUUGGCCAGAGUAUGGCCAGAAGGAAGGNNNCCUGCAGACUGGAGUCCCAACCCAGACAGCCCAUGGGCUAAAAGACAAGGAAGUGGNUUUUGGACAGAGCUCAGAGCCAAGGAGGCAGCAAAGAGGCAAACUCNGGGAGACAGGUUGAGAUCUGAGGUGUCUUAUUGUUAAAACAAUA